GCUUUAUGUUCUCGAGGCUAUGUCAAACUCUGGAGAGUGUUGUCACUACUACUACUAAGAAAGACAAACUGCUGAGAAUAUCAGAUUACUACCAUGAAGUGUCACAAUUACCAGAUUGUGAGGUUUAUGAGACUUUAAGGUUAAUUUUACCUAAAUUUGACAAAGCGAGAUCAUCAUAUGGUUUAAAAGAGAAUGCUCUUGCCAGAAAAUACAUCGAUAGCCUUUGUGUUGCUAAAACUAGCAUUGAAGCUCAGAGACUCCUCAAAUUCAAAUCUGUCAAAGGUAAUAAAGAUCUACCAGACACACUCUUCCAUAUCCUUCGCAAUCGCUGCCAUGGCAACAAAGAGUUCACCAUAAAAGAAAUAAAUACAUUGUUGGAUAGUAUUCAAAUGGGAUGUGUUAAGCACAAUGAGAAAGUCAAUGAUCUCAUCAACAAUUUAACUAAAAACAUGUCCCCAUUACAUCAGAAGUGGCUUUGCAGAAUUAUUUUGAAGGAGUUGCAUCUUGGAUUAUCAGAAAGAGCUAUUCUCAUGAGCAUUGACAGUAAUGCUGAAGCAGCCUUCAAUGUUUGCUCAGACUUAAAGAUGAUUUGCGAAAACCUAGGGAAUCUUUCAUCACUGUGUGGAGAUGUGGUGCUAGGACGAGUUUUUAAACCAAUGCUUGCUGACAGAGUCACAGACUUAAAUAACGUUGAACAAUUGAUGAAAGGAAAACCGUUUUGUGUAGAAACAAAGUAUGAUGGUGAAAGAAUGCAGAUUCACAAGACUGAAAAUAGCUACUUGUACUUCUCGAGGGGAUCUCUUGAAUACAGUGAGAAGUAUGGAAAGGAUCAGACUAGUGGAACUCUAACGCCACACAUACACAAUAAUAUUCUUGCAAAGAAUUGUAUUCUAGAUGGUGAGAUAAUUGUGUUUGAUCUGUUGAAUAAUGUGUUGAUUACAAAAGCACAGGGACAGGAUGCUAGAAAUCUGAAACACAGAGAUGACCCACGAUUUUUACCUUGUUUUGUUGCAUAUGAUGUUGUUUAUUAUGAUGACAAAAGUUUGACAAUGUCACCUUUUUCUGACAGAAGGAAGGUUUUGGAACAAAUUGUUAAGGAGAAAACAGGCUAUUUGUAUCUUUCAAAACAAUCGAUAUGCUCAACCCAUGCAGAGGUUGUGAGCGAGCUUAACAAUGCUAUUGAGAAUGGCGAUGAAGGGUUAGUUCUUAAAAUCCCAAAAUCUAUUUAUUCUCCAGACCAGCGUGUAGAUGGGGGCUGGUAUAAGAUUAAAACGGAUUACCUCGAACUAAUGAAUGAUACUGUUGAUGUCGUUAUUCUGGGCGGGUAUCAUGGCAAGAACAGUGGCAGUGGCACCAUCUGUCAUUUUCUCUGUGGUCUCUGUACUUCCAAAGGGCAAUACUCGUCGUUUUGUAAAGUCGCCAGUGGGCUCACCAAAGAAGACCUAGCCCAGAAACUUUCCAAGCUUGAUCCAUAUUGGAUACCUUUUGAGAAACACAAGCUUCCAAGCAAUGUUAUUCUGAGUCCAUCUUGUCGAGAGAAGCCAGCAGUAGUCAUCGACCCAGAGCACUCAAUGGUACUGGAGGUCAGAGGAGCUGAACUGAUGGGCACUAAUUUCUUUGCUCUUCCUUUAACGGUUAGAUUCCCUAGAGUUGUCAGGGUCCGUGAUGAUAAGACUCCCUCUGAUUGUACAAAGUUUUCGGAGUUGGAAAAGAUUGCUACCUUGAACAAACGUGGUGUUUCCAAGGUUGAACUCAACUCCGUAUCCCCAAAGAAAAAACCUCGUUUAGGAACAGCUGCAGGCCCUUCAAACUCUAAAUUAAUAGAGAGUAUCGUCAUUAGAAGUAGUACACUGAAAGACAAAGAAUUCUGUGUACUCAGUGGAUCGGACGAAGUAAUCAAACAAGAGGCAGAAAGAUUCAUCAAAGAGCACAGCGGGACAGCAGUUUCAACUCCAAUACCAGGCUGCACUGUGCUUUGUGGCAGACAGAGCAUCUCCGUUAGAAAUGUCAUAAAACAAGGUCAGCACCUCGUUCUUGACAUCUCAUGGAUCAAACUCUGCUCCACAAGUGUCAACCCCUGUCCUCCCCAUCUAGUCAUCCACUGUCCUGGACCUCUCAAGGAGGAAGUGUUCGGAUCGUUUGAUGAGUUUGGAGACAGCUUCUCUGUUCCAGUGACUCCUGGGGAGCUGAGAGAUUUGUUCAACAGACUACCUUGUGUCUCGUCUCAGGGCGAUUACAUUGUAAACCAAGAGGCUUACCUCGAUCUGAAGAAAAAGUACAAGCAAUUUAGUGAUUAUUGGCGGUUUGCAUUGAAAGAAAUGAACAUUUUUUCCGCUGAUUUAACAUUGCCAAUAUUAUCAAUAGCAAGGCUUUAUGGGGCUAGAUUAACUGAUAACGAAGAUCAAGAUGGAAUAACCCAUCACAUAGUUGGAGAUGAUGACUCACGUGACGUCACCAUACCACGUGACGUCACCAUACCACGUGACGUCACCAUACCACGUGACGUCAUCAUACCACGUGACUCUGGUUUAGGAGCACCUUUAACCAGGUCUCAACUUCUAGAACAACUUAAGCCACACAUAUCAGAGGAAACACAUAGUGUUUUUAAAUAGUUUAGUUUUGUCCAGUAAUUUAUUAUGUUAGUUGAUUAGUUUUAUCAGUUUGUGUUGAAUAAUAUGACAUUUAGAUUAAAGAAUAUUUAUUAAAUGAUA